CGUAUUUUUUUUCCUUUUAGCAUUUUGAGCAUUUCGAGUUAAUCAUUUGCAUGUAGAUUAGAAAAAUUCUAUUCUUUCCAAUUGGUGUAUCAGCGCUAGGCCAUGAAACUUAACCAAUCCCCGAUAAGCUAUGCCAUAAUGCGUGGAUAUAUAAAGUUCCCAAAAGUUGAAUUGGUUCCUUUUUUCUCUUUCUUUGAACAAAAUCUCCCUUUUCCUUCUCACAUAACCAUGGGUCUUUUCUCAAAACGCUCCUCUACCGCUGGCUCCCCUGCACAGCCUCAACCGUAUCAAGAGGCGCCUCCACCGUACUCGCAAAGCAAUGCUUCGCCCGGUCCUCAGCAACAACAACAACAACCAUCCCCGAGCCAACAGCAAGCACCGAAGCAGCAGCCUCAGCAGCAGUAUGCACCUCCUCCAACGCCCAAUGAGCAAAACCCUGAUAGUCGGCCGUUAGACUCUGGAUGGAUCACACAGUUCGAUCCUUCUUCAGGACGAUGGUUCUACGUAUAUACACCACAGGCGCAUCGUCAAUGGGAACAUCCUGCAGAUAGGCCCAUGGGUGCUCCGCCACCCCAGCAACGUGGAGCUCCAGAUGGCUAUGGACAGCAGCAACCUUAUGGUCAACCCUAUGGACAGCAGCCUUACGGACAGCCUUACGGACAGCAGCCUUAUGGUCAACAACCUUAUGGACAGCAGCCUUAUGGACAGCAGCCUUACGGCCAACAACCUUACGGCCAACCCUAUGGUCAACAACCCCAGAUGAUGAUGGCAAACCAAAGACGAGGUGGUGGUGGCGGUAUGGGCAUGGGCGGUGCUGCACUAGUUGGUCUCGGAGCUGGUGCACUUGGUUUCAUGGCUGCCGAUGCCGUCUUUGAUGAUGAUUGUGGUGGAGGCGAUAUGGGCGAUUUCUAAUCCUUCUUACAUAAACAUUGCGCACUCUACUUUGACAUGACGUAUAUUUUCUCUGUUGCAACAUAAACACACACGCAUAAUUAUA